AUGAGUAGAUACUUGUCAAAAGUAAGUCAAGACAAAACUCAAGGAAAUUUAAAUUUACCAGAGAGCAAAUUAGUGUAAACUCUAGCUUUGAACAUUAAAGAGAAAAGUAUGAAUGAUUUCAAAGCAGAGGAAGAGGUAAAUCUAUUUGAAGGAAUCUAAGAUUCUAGAUAAGAACGAUUUGUCUACGUUUAGUAACACAAUUUGUUAAUCAUAAGCUUAGUAGAGGAGAUCAACUAAUCGGAUAGAGUAGCUGUAAACAAUUAAAUUGGGUGCUGUUGGGUCAAAGUAGACGAUCUCAAGCAAUCGUAAAUUGGUUUUAAUCUUAAAAAUAAAACAUUGCUCUAAAUAAAUAAAUGUAUAACUCAAUUGAAAUUUCUAAACGAGCAAUUAGUUUAUAUGAGUUACUACAAACCAAUGUGCUAGUACAUUGUUGUAAUGAGAUUAGAGGAGGUACAGUCCUUUUAAAAUGUAGAUGGUAUCUUAGAGUAGAGUUUAUUAUAAAUGGAACCACAAGUAGAUGCCUUUAACAAAUAAUAAAAGUAGAAUGGGCAGUUGAAUUAGUUGCCAGAUUUUCAAUUCAUUAAGAUUAAUGAUAGCAGCCAAAUUUAUGUAAUGAAGCAAAAGUAAUCUUAGAUGACUGAACUUAGUUAGAUAAAAAUCGAUAAUCACUUUAUAAUUGAAGAGCUAUUAUAGGGAGUCAAGUAUAUUUAUUCGAAAAGAGAUUUGGAGAGAGUAUAAAGCUUUGGCAAGAAAGAUAUAUUCAUUUAAUAAUUACAGAAUGUCUACUUGAUGGAUAGUGGUCAUAAUUUGAAAUACUUAGAUCCAUUAACCUUAUAACUAUCAUAGGUAGCUAAAUUUGAUAUAGAUUCCAAUUUCUCAGUACUUAAUAUCUGGCUUACUCAUAACAUAAUCGUAAUUUCAGCAUAAAAUUCAUAAACAAAAGAUACAUUUUACUAUCUAAUCUAUGAUAUAUUCUCAUCCUAAUUAAUCAACUAAUAUCCAACACAGCAGCGACCCAUAGCCGAUAAGAUCUUCAUCGAGUAGAUUUAAAGAGAUAUCUAUGCAUAUAAUAGCACUUCAAAAGUCUUUACUAAAAUAAAAAUAUUUUCAAGAAUUCCUAAGCUAUUUGAAAGCUCUACCUUGGAAUUAGAUUGUAAAUAGUGCAUAGUGAAUAGAAAAAGCGACAUCUAUAUAAAAGAUGGACAAUUCUAAAUAGAGGUAAAAAUAGGCAGGAGCGUAUACAUGUCUAUUUACGAUAUUGGAAAAAACUUUUAAAGACUAACUACUUUAGAGGAAGAUGCAUUUUAUUUUUUAUAACAGUCAAAGUUAGCUUAUAUUACAUAAAGUGAUUUUUACAAUCAAGGCAAUUUUCUAGAGAUGGCCAAAGCAUUUAAGACCACUAGGGAUAUUAAAUUAGCAGAUCUCACAGAGAAUGACCGUUUUAUCAAAAUUAUUGAUGAUGAGAUAUUGCUAAAUAAUUAAAGGCUUAUUGAAGUAGAGGAAGUAUUUAAGUAAAAAAUUCAUUUCAAGGAUCUAUUUAUGAUACAAGAUAAGCAUUUAAAUGCUAAUUAUGCUGCUUACAUAGAUUGA